GAAAAACAAAGUAAGUCAUUUCACAUUUUCUUCAAUAACUUCCAAACUUCUCAUUGGAGAAACUUGAUUUUUGUUUCAUUUGAAAGAGAAAACUCCAUUUUGCAAUUUUCCAAUUUACUUCACUUUUCUGACUCUUCCAGUUUUUGAAAUAUUACAAUUUUUCAACGAAUUACUACUCAAAAAAUAUAGUGCAUCAUUUCACAUUUUCUUCAAUAACUUCCAAACUUCUCAUUGGAGAAACUUGAUUUUUGUUUCAUUUCAAAGCCAAAACUCCAUUCUACAACUUUCCAAUUUACACCAAGUUUCCAUCUCUUCAAAUUUCCCCAAUAUUUCCCACUUUACCCCCAAUCUAAAAUCCGCCAACUAAACCUACCCCUAAACAAUCCCGUUACCGUGUAGUACCGCGGUACCACCCGCCAUAGGCAAUACAAAACGCACGCAGUGGUACCACCACGCCGUCCGACUUCCAUUCAAUUCAAAAAUCCGAACCCACAUACACCUGCACCGCCGGGCCUGAGCCAGCAGUACCCGCGGUACUCGCAGUCCGCGCUAACCCGUCGUCCGUACCGCACCGGUACCAGCAAUCUAUGCGCUACACGCUACACGCCGCCAAACGUAUCGCAGUCACUGAGUCAGUGGUCGUUCCUAUCGGUCGGUACUCCGGGUACUUACGCUCUUCCUCAGUGGGACGCGCACGCGAAUCCGCUUCGCUUGGUACUUCUCUAGGUCAAGAUUAUUUUCGAUAUACAUUCGUUUCGGUAUUGUUGUUGUUGUUCGGAGAGUGAGCGGUUUUUUUUUGAAGUGUUUCGUGCGCGGGGAUGUCAGCUGGAAGUACUAUCGAAGAGAGGAGUCUAUAAACAUGUAAAACGACGAGCGGGGAAGGGAGAAUUAUGGGUACUAUCGACAGCGGUACCGAGACCUUAUUUUCCGACGAAUCCCCCUGCGACCUGGUGCCCAGCCCGUGUUCGGGCGAUGACGUCGAUGUCCGCACCAAGUUGGACAAUCGGACGAUCAACGGCCGAUCGGCGCCCCCCAACAUUCAACCCUACAGCGGCGUACUGGAAAAAGGCAAAGUGGUAAUACGACCCAUCGCCUUCAAGCCAUCGACCAUAAACAUGAACGUCUCGACGAGAUUCGGCAUGGCCGGCGAACGAUACGGUUCGACGCCGAUUCUCACCAGACCCGGCUCCAGACUCACCUUAUACGGCAGCAGCAACGAUUUGCGACAGGCGCACGCGCUGACCAACUACUCGCUGGACAGGAAGCUGCGCUCGGCGUCGUCGGGCGUCGAUUCGCUGGCGUCGUUGCCGCAUCGGCGCAACUUGCUCGUCUACGACAGCCUCGACAGCGUCCGCAAAUCCCCGGCCUCCCCCGAUCCCGACAACAAAGACGCCAACAACAACAACAACAACAACAACAGUAGCAAUAGCAACAACGGCAUGGCGUCGGCGUCGGCGUCGGCGUCGUCGCUCAACAGCCUGCUCGAUCUGACGCCGUCGCCGUCGGAUUCGGGCGUUUCGGAACUGGAGGCCGCCCUCAGGGACAGGGACUCCGAGCUGGCCUAUCUCAGGCAGACCAUGGAGCACAACGAGCAGGUCAUCUUCAGGGUCUACCAGGAGAAGGAGAAGGUGUGGGAGAGGGAGCUCAAGCGGCUCAAAACCGUGCAGGACAACCGAUUGCGGGCCAGCUCGCAGAAGGUCCUGAAGCUCGAGCAAAUGCUGAUGAUGCAAACCUACCAGAUCCAGCAGGACAAAAAGAGGAUGUGCGCCGACGUCCAACGGUCGAAUUUACAAUGCGAACGCCUCAGGCAGGAAGUGGCCUCGCUCAAAACCCGCUUGGAAGAGACCGAAUGGGGCCUGUGCCAAAAAACCGGCGAAAUAUCACUGCUCAAAACCCAGCUCAAGGAACUACAGUUGGAGCAAACGACCAAAUGCCAGGAACUGGUCCAAAUCCGCUCGGACCAAAAGUACCUGCGCGCCCAAUUGGACGACAAAACCGACCAAUUGGAGCGCCUCAAGCGUCUCGACGGCGCCUCCGACGAGUCGCCCGAACCGACCCAACACCACCCCCAACACCACCACCACCAGCCGAACCACCGCCGCCUCCACCAUCACCAGGCCGCCUGCGAGGAGGCGGCGGCGCUGCGCGACGAGUUGCGCGCCAAGGGCGAGCGCUUCGAGAGCGAACGGCUGACGUGGCUGCAGGAGAAGGAGAAGGUGCUGCAGUACCAGCGCCGGCUGCAGAUGAACUACGUGCAGAUGUUCCGGAGGACGCGGGCGCUCGAGGCGGAGCUGCAGCAGCUCGGCGUCGAGCUGGAACUCGACCAGAACGGCGUCAAGAGGAAGCUCGAAUUGUCGCAGAUUAUCGAUUUAUAGGUUAUGUUAUCGUUUUUUUUUUGUGUUUGCGUGUGUUUGUGGAAGAUUUGGAUAGGUUGGAUCGUUAAUUAGUCGUUCCGAACAGUCCAGAACCAGUUCUAAACGAUUUUGGACAUUUCCAGUUUACCCUGGACAGUUCUAUGAUCGUACUGAACUGUUUCUCAUAUCCUAAUCAGCACUGAAAUGGUUUUGGACAUUUCUAGUUUAUCCUGGACAGUUCCAAAUAGUCCUGAAUCAGCUAUAAAUAAUUUUGGACAAUUCUAAGAUCGUAUUGAACUGUUUCUCAUAGUCCUAAUCAGCACUGAAAUGGUUUUGGACAUUUCUAGUUGAUCCUAGGUCGUACCGAACAAUCUUGCAUCAGUUCUAAAUUAUUUUGGACAGUUCGAAACAGUUCUAGCGUCAUUCUGAAUUGUCAUAUUCAGUUCUAAAACUGGUCCUGGACUUUUCUACUGUUCAAAUUCCUUUUCUAACCUGUUCAAAUGUACUAGCUCUGCAACAUAAUACAUGUUAUGCAUAAUCACCAAUUGCCAAAACUUAGGUAAAUACUUCAUUCGAGACUUUCCUUUAUUGGGACUUGCGAAAAUGCGAUAAUAAUCGAUAGAUAAUCGAUUUUUUCUCGCGUAGAUUUCGAUUCUACGGCGAGAGUUAAGAAUCGUGACGUUUUCUAUUUAAUUUGUGAUGCGCCUUUUCCUUUAAUUAUUUAUUAAUCGCUUUGUAUAUAUUUUAUCGCCGAAUUUGUUGUAUUACUUUUGUAAAUAUAAAUAAAAAUUUAUUAUUACAACUGUCGUUUUUUUGGUAUAUUUUAUUCAACAAUUUCCACACGAUCAAACAAUCAAUUAAAUAAAAGUGAUAUCAAACUUUAAAAUUCCAAUUUCCACGCCGGAUUUUCCAUUAUAUCCAGUUUAAGUGCUAAAUAUCAAAUUUGUGCGUUUUUUUGUAACGGAACACCCUGUAUAUUUUUGCAUUUUCGGAACCUCCUCGACGAGGCGAUUCCAACGAGUGGUCACACUCUAUACUUAUCUCGUACAACAAAGGAUCUACAGCCACAUGAAAUCUGGAUAAGCAAAAUGGAAGUACCUAAAACCUCGCUCUCGGAAACGCCAUUUUCGCCUUAAAGGAUUUCCCUUUGGAAAAUGGCGGCGCGUCGUCAUCGCCCAAAUUCGUCUGCUUGUUCUGCGGCAGCGCCUCCUGCACGUCCACGACCCUCCCGCCUUUCCUGCUCAAGCAAGAAAACAAAAAAAAAUCCCCAAAUUAGGGAAACUGUCCCCUUCAAACCGGCAACGCCGCCUCACCUGUACUUGUACCACCAGUACUCGAAGGCCAAGGUGACGCAGGCCAAUCCGAUGCCCACGAAGAUCACGAUGAAGACGCCCCCGAUGUUCUGGAUGCUGAUCCCGUCCGAUUGGUCGUCCACCUGCUCGCAGUUCUUCUUCUCCGGGUUCUUGUUCCACCACUUCUCCUUCAGCCGCUCCAGCUCGCGCCUGUUCAACAGCUG